AUGCUGGAGUUAGGCUUUACAGGCACGCGGAAAACGGUGACGGAUCAUGGGAUCCUAUUUCGACGUGUGGGUGAUCUAGGCCACUUCCUGAUGCAGACGGAUAUGUACCCUAGUUGCGUGUCCUUGGGGGCUUUUGUUAUGUAGUUGUCCUUGGUAUAACUAAGUAAGCAUUGAUCUUGAUGUUGAUUCGACUUCGACGAUUCCUCCUCUAACCCCUGUUGCACCAACAAGCUUCAAAUUGCGCAAAGCAGCUGGUAUCGGCGUCUGCAGACCGUGACGUUUGAAAACUUGUACUGGAUAUAUCCAGUCGAUCCUCUAGUCUCGUUUCCACCAGACACCACGAAUUCGAUUCCGAUGGACGAAUGGAAAUACUUCCGCUACAUCAUGUCAAGAAAUGCUUCUGAGAGUGUUUCUGUUAAGGCUACGUAGCAAGAGUCGUAAGAAUCCUGUUGAAUGCGUUAUAAUAUUGGGACGUAAAAAUUUGAAAGAAAUGUCACCAAGGAUGGUGCGACCAAGAAUGCAAAUCAUAUGGCACAACUAGAUCUAAUCCUCCUGCCUCAUCACCAGCUACGAACAUAGUAUCGACGUCAGAGUCAGACGAAUUACGUGCAGACGAAUGGCGUAUGGCUUACGAGGAGUGUCAUGCUGCAGGUUUACACGGAGACUACUGUGCAGACACGCCACUGUGGGGACCAGUGACACCUUCUUCUUCGGCAAGUACGACGAGUACAAGUUGUUUGUGCUCUGCCCCCACGCCACCUAGUAGUGCGGGAAGUUCAUCAAUAACAGGCGGCAAUCUACCAAAUGCCUCCACCAACGCCUCUUCUUUACUUAGCGGAACAAAUACCACAACCACAACCGUAACUGUCACAGCACCAGUUUUUCCUAGUCACGUUGAAGGUUGCCUGUCUGAAUAUGCGAUCAAGGACCCCUACUUGUACUUGCACUACACCAACACGAACCAUGGACCCAAAAACAAACAACCUAAGGAACAAAUUCUAGCAAUCACACCUCCGGAGACCUGCUACACGGGUGACGCAAGACCUGAGGCAAAGUGGGAAAAGGGUGAGAUCAAUCGAGAGCGGGCGUUUUUGCAGUCUCAUAAAUGGCAAAGGAAAUUAUGGUGAAGGAGGUUGGUAUGUUGUUCAUUUUAGUUUUUGAAGUUGCUUGUGCUUGAUAUUGAUGUGAUGAUUGUUGUUAUUUGCACGUUGUCUUUCACCUGCUGGGUUGUAAAACCCUACGACGUACUAGAUAGAACCCAAGAUGAUGAAAAAUUUCGCAUAGUAAGUACCAUCUUCUAACUCCCUUCUUCUACCAAUGGAGCAGUGACGGGGCAGAAAUCGUUUCUUCUAGCGACACGCAGGUCACACUCGAUUCAAAGGUGUUCCAUUUUGCGCCAGUAAUGCCUCUGACCUUCAAGUUAGAAUUUCCGAAGACACCACCAGAUCCUGCGACAGCAUUGCUGAACCAAGCCAACAUGCUAGUAACGCACCUCGUCGGUCGCAUCAGCGUGGAUUUGGAAGCCUGUCGUAGAUUUCUGAGGGAUCCGUAUGUCGGCGAACAAGUGGAUGCGCGUGUGAGCAACUUUGCGCUGUUCUUGGUGAGUAAGAAGUAUGGCUCCUGGAGGAGUUGUAAUUCAUCCGAUUUUCUUGUUCUUGCAUCUUCGAAAUCGAAUGCAGCUCCUGCUGGUGGGAUCUUGUAACUACUUCUGUCUUUUCAAAAGAGUAGACAACUCGUUGUUCAAGUUCUGUAAAAUCCUAGCAACGUCCAAUGAUCCUUAUACAAACCUCCUCUUCUAAUCAUCCGGGCAAAUUAUUUGCGCCAAAGAGAAAAUGGAUCAGGUGAGGCUGACAGAGACACCUCCCGGCGACACAACGCAGCAUGCAGCAGCUGGCGCCCCAACGAGCGGCUCCUUGGCCUAUCAACAACAACGAAGUCCUCAGAAAACUGGCGCCCGUCUGAGUAUCAAGAGCAUAUGGGAGGUGGCUCACGAGGAAAUUAGCAGCUUCUUUUCAGCAGACAGAUGGCGCAAACUAGUAGCGAGAUUAGAAAAAGCAAGCUUGUCCAGGAUUCCAAGGUUUGAUGUACAGGAGUCUGCGGCAGCAUCGUCAACCAUAAGUCGACAACAAACGGGACUAGGAUCGACGACAGCAAAUACAUACAACGUGGACAACGUAGGCAUUGUGUACAAGACCGCCUCUUCGGCUGAUGAAGCAUCCUCAUCCACCAAUACCAACUCCGACAGCUCUGGAACCAACACAGUCUCUCGCGGCACUCAUGGCACCGUAUCCAUUGCCGGCACUUACUUUACCCUAGACAAUGCAGUGAAGAACCCUGAUGCCGAAUCUGCGGAUGAGGAUGACGCCAGUGUGAAUGCCUAUGAGGCAUUGCGGGAGGAUAUAGAGACUGAACAGCUUUUACCCGAGACUGGUGAAAUGUGGGUUCGCCGCAUAUCGCAUCCACGAUUCGCGGACUUCUACAUCGUCAGUUACAUGGAUGCAGACAGCUUCAUCGACUCCGGUGCAUCGUCGGUUUUCUUGAUGCUGAUAUUAUGGUUGGAGGUCGAUCAUCAUGUGGUCGUGUAAUCAUCAUGGUGAAGGAAUUUAGCCCGCUCAUCAUGUAGUCGUGUAAUCAUCAUGGUGAAGGAAUUUAGCCCGCUCAUCAUGUGGUCGUGUAAUCAUCAUGGUGAAGGAAUUUAGCCCGCUCAUCAUGUGGUCGUGUAGUCAUCAUGGUGAAGGAAUUUAGCCCGCUCAUUAUGUGGUCGUGUAAUCAUCAUGGUGAAGGAAUAUUCUACUUAGCCUGCCAUUAGUGGGCGGAUAGUACUUAUAGUCCUCGUACUAUUCGCCUUGCACCAAGAAAGCAACUAGAAAAGUUGGCACCAAAGCAACUGUGCCGAAAAGUUCUAUUUCUAACAGGAGUGCUCGGCAUCGCACCCAUCUUUCUUAUCCUGCUAGUCGUUGCUUUGUUCGCCAUCCGAGACCAGGCGAUCUUGAUGCGGGCUCGUGGCCGGGACAAGGCAUUGGCAGAAGCAAAGGAGACGCUAGAGUUAAGGCUCAACUUUCAGAUUAGAGUCACCAUUUAGAUUGGAGUCACCACUUCUGAGAUGGAAGAGGCGACCCCUUCUUGAGAGAACCAACAGGGGAAACAAAUGAAGGGAAACCUUGAGAGGGAAAAGGGGAGAAGGGAAAAGGGAAAGGCGAGAGCCUUGGGUGGAGUGGGUCUCUUCCGUUCAGAGUCAGUGACCGUUGAGUGCUGAGCUUUAAUAAAGGCCGUCAGUGCGGCAAUCGGACGCAGGAAGGGAGCAGGGCUACCACAGAAUGAAACGGAUGGAGCCCAGAUACCUGAUCCGGAUUCUUGAUUAUCAAGAUUUUUGUUUCUAGGAGAAUGUUAUGCUUAUGAGGUGGAUCUUUACCUCUAGCUCUAGUAGAUGAUAGCCUGAAUGUAAGGUCUAGUGAAUGAUGUUACCUUUCGCUCUAAUGUAUGAAUGUUGUAAAAAGGUCUAGUGGAUGACUACUUACCAAAACCAAUAUGUUACCUUUAGCUCUAGAUAAUGAUCCGAUCAGGCUACCUUAAUGUUAUGAGGUGGAUCAGGCUAUCUUUAGGCGGAUCUUGCCUAAGAACAAUGGAUGACCCACAUUUUUUAGGAGGAUGUUAUGCUGGGUAACUACACAAAAUAUACCGACGAAAAAACGUUCCUAGAUGAUUAAUUUGCACAGGAGGACCAGAAACAGAUAGAGUUAGAGAGGCUUCAUUGCCGUUAUUAAAUUUGGAUCGAAAUAAUAACUACAACUUCGUGGGCUGCUGAAUUUCAAAUGAACAGGAGUGUCAAUCGAAUAGUGAUACAUCGAGAAAGUACUCUCGACUGCAAGGUUUUGAUAUGAAAGUCAGCCUCGUGCCGUGAACUAACAAGGUAAAAUGAAUGAAAGUGACGUAGAGGACGACGUAGUUAAUGUUAGAGUAUUUGUAUUAGGACCAAGAAGAGUAUGAUCUGGUUUCCCGCGAACAACAACAUUAACGUACAUGAUAGUCAUCUUGAACUAUUGAACGUGAACAAGGAUCGUCCACUCUCACAGAGCUUCUCUUCAGUUUCUGAUCGAUCCAAGUCUCUGCCACUGAAUAUCGACCUACCCAGAUUCACCUCGUGCUGAAUUAUUAUGUCUACCGCUUCCCGAAGGAAAUUG